AUGGUCGAAACCCGCUGUCGACCACCACGACCCUCGUACCCCUUCGCGGAGGCCGACGACGACACUGGGGAAGCGAAGCAAUCCCAGAAUUACAUCCACAUUCGUAUCCAGCAGCGCAAUGGUCGUAAGACUCUGACCACCGUCCAAGGCCUUCCGAAGAAAUUCGACCAGAAGAAGAUCCUCAAGGUCAUCAAGAAGAAAUUCGCCUGCAAUGGCACAAUCGUCACAGACAGCGAGAUGGGCGAGGUGAUCCAGCUCCAGGGUGACCAGCGCAAAGAUGUUCAAGAAUUCUUGGUCGCCAAGGACGGCCUCGAGCUCGAUGCAAAGACUAUCAAGGUCCAUGGUUUCUAA